UGUUGUGGGUAUUCCUACACGCAUGACAUGCACUUUCCCUUAGUUUCUUUUUCCUUAGAGAUUUCAACAACAGACUACCAUCAUGUGAAACUAAAUUAAUUGCAGCCAAAGUAAUCUUCCUGAAGCCAACCAACAAUGGAUCCACAAGAUGCAAAAAUGGCCAGAUUGAAGAGAAAACAUGCUAAGUUGAAUAGAGGAAGCAAUGAAAAGCAAAGGGAUAAAGAUUCAAAUAAAUCAUGCUUGACGUCGAGGAAUAUCAAUGGAUUAAAUUCAAGCGAUGUUAGGCUGUUCCAAUCACCAACCCUUCCUUCUCAAACAUCAUUUGCAUCAGGUGCAUCAACAUUAACUAACCCUACAGUGAGCAAUAUAUCAAGGGAAGGUUCCUCUAAAGUGGGAGGAAAGAAUAGGACUCCAUUAUCAACAAUUUCCAACGGUGUGUCGGUACAGUCCUCAAAUGUGGCAUCACAAGUAACAAACACCGUUAAGAAGGCACAAAAGACCAGAAUUGGAAGGAAAAGGAAAUACAAUCAACUUCCUGUGGCACAUUUGGAUUUCGAUUCGUUGCUCCAAGAUGUCGUCCCAAGAGAGCAGACAUCAUUCGGAGGGGUCAAUCAAAACAUUCGAAAUUUGGAUGAAUUUAGAGCUUCUAUCUACGUUGAUGCUGAGAUCACAGGAUGCUUGGAUUUGGGCUAUCCAGAAAUCCAGUGUAAAUGGUGCAAGGCUCAAGUUUGGAUAGAGGAAAGGGCAGAAAAGUCUAGACCACCGAAUGAUAGCACUGAGUUCUCCAUCUGUUGUCAAAAAGGGUUUGUUGAUAUUCCUCUCUUAGAAGAAACACCUAAACUGUUGGUAUCACUGCUCAAUGGGACUGAACCUAGAAGUAAGCACUACCAACAGAAUAUAAGGGCGUACAACAGUAUGUUUGCAUUUACAUCACUAGGAGGCAAGGUUUUUUCUAAGUUAAACAAUGGAAAUGGUCCGCCGCAAUUCAUAUUGAGUGGACAAAAUUACCAUAGAAUUGGUAGUCUCUUGCCUGAGCCCGGUACUACUCCAAAGUUUGCGCAGUUAUACAUAUAUGACACCCAAAAUGAAGUCCAAAAUAGAACAAGGGUUUUUGAGAGUGAAGGUGGUGAGGGAGGUUUUGAUCUUUCAUUAGUGGAGGAUCUUAAACAAAUGUUGGAUCAAUGUAACCCUCUAUGCAAAUCCUUUAGAAAGAUUCGUGACUUGGUUGACAAAGGAUCACCUCCAAAGAUGGCUUUAAGGUUGUUUCGCAAGAGGAAAAAAGAUUCAAGGAUGCAUAAUUUACCAACUGUGGAUGAAGUUGCAGGAUUGAUAGUCGGUGAUUAUGAUCUAUCCGAACAAGGAAGAGAUAUUAUAGUUGAUGAUGUGAGCAAAGGUUUAAGAAGGUUACAUGAGACACAUCCACUAUACAUGCCACUUCAGUAUCCCUUAGUAUUUCCUCGCGGUGAAAAUGGUUACGAGGAGGACAUCCCUUAUAGAGAGUGGGAAGAUGAAGAAAAGAAUAGAGGAUCAAAGGAAAGAGUUGCUAUUCGGGAAUUUAUAGCCUUUAGGAUUCAAGAAAGGGAGUGUGAAUUUGGAAACAUUAUGUACAGUAGAAGACUUCUCCAACAGUUUUCUGUUGAUUGUUACACAAUGAUUGAAGCACAGAGGCUUUCUUUCAUAAGAAACAAUCAAGGGAACAUUCGAUCAGAUCUUUUGAACGGACUACAAGAAGCAGUUGAAAGUGGAGAUACAGACCCCCGUAAUGCUGGACAGCGUGUUAUCCUGCCAGAUUCUUUCACAGGUUCACCAAGGUAUAUGUUUAAUAAUUGCCAAGAUGCCAUGGCAAUUUGUAAGAGAUUUGGAUACCCGGAUCUCUUCAUUACAUUUACGUGCAACUCAAGUUGGAGUGAAAUUAAGAAUUUUGUUGGAGAAAAGGGUCUUAGUGUUUCAGACAGGCCAGAUAUUAUUUCCCGAGUGUUUAAGAUGAAACUUGAUCAGAUGAUGACUGACUUCAAAAAAAAUGAAAUGUUUGGGAAAGUAACUGCAGGGAUGUACACUGUUGAGUUUCAAAAGAGGGGGCUUCCACAUGCACACAUUUUGUUGUGGUUAGAAGGGUCAAACAAAAUCCACACGACUAAGGACAUCGACAAGGUCAUAUCAGCGGAAAUACCACACCCAGACUUAUACCCAAAGUUGCAUUUGGCCGUUUCUACAUUUAUGAUGCAUGGUCCAUGUGGAAAGGCAAAUUCAGGUUCACCUUGCAUGAAAGGACCAAGAUGCUCCAAAUACUUCCCAAAGAAGUUUUUGUCCUCAACCACCAUAGAUGAGGAUGGCUUUCCUGUGUAUAAAAGAGUGGACAGUGGUUUGUCCGUCAUGAAGAAUGGAGUUCCUUUGGAUAAUAGGUAUGUUGUCCCGUAUAAUCCAACACUAUUGAUGCGAUACCAAGGUCAUGUUAACACAGAAUAUUGCAACAAAUCAAAUGCAAUUAAGUAUUUGUUCAAGUAUGUGAACAAAGGUCCCGAUAGAGCAAACCUACAGAUAAAAAACAAAUCGGGCGACAAAGAAGAUCCAGCACAGUUAGAUGAAAUCAAGAGGUAUUAUGAUUGUCGUUAUGUAUCCCCAUGUGAAGCUACAUGGAGAAUUUUCAUGUUCGAUAUUCAUCAAAAAUGGCCUCCUGUCAUGAGAUUAUCUUUGCAUUUGGAAGGUCAGCAAAGUGUUAGGUUCAAGGAAACACAAAACCUUAACAAAGUGGUUGACUAUCAUCAAUCAGUACCAACAAUGUUUCUUGCUUGGUUUGCUGCAAAUCAGUUGUAUGCAGAUGGAAGGGAUUUGACAUAUGCGGAAUACCCUUCAAAAUUCACUUACUUUCCAACAAAAAGGGUAUGGCAUCCCAGGAAAAAUGGUUUUCAAAUUGGUAGGCUCUCAUACAUUCCAGUCGGUUCAGGUGAACUGUAUUAUAUGCGCAUCUUAUUGACGAUCCAGAAGGGUUGCAUGGGGUAUGAUUGUAUCAAAACUGUCAACGGUAAGCUUUAUGAUACGUUCCAAGACGCCUGUUAUGCUAUUGGUUUGUUGUCGGAUGACAAAGAAUUCAUUGAUGGAAUUUUAGAAGCAUAUAGAACAGAGAGUGGGCAUAUGCUUCGGGUUUUGUUUGUCAGACUUUUGAACAUGAGCACUAUGCACAAGCCUGAUAAGGUGUGGGAUGCAACUUGGAAAAUGUUGGCUGAUGGAAUUCUAUAUGCAAGACGAAGGAAGUUGGAUAUUCCAGAUCUUCAAAUAUCUGAUUCUGUUUUGAAGAAUCUUUGCUUAAUUGAGUUAGAGAAGUUGUUGAGAUACAAUGGAAAGUCUUUGAAGGAUUAUAAAUCUCUACCGUAUCCGAUUCUCGAAGAGGUUUUAAAGAUGGAAAACAGAUUCAUUGCAGAUGAAUUGAACUAUGACAAAGACAAGCUCCGAGAGCUGCAUGAAUCACUUCUUGGGAAGUUGACAGAUGAGCAGCAUAGUGUUUAUUCUACUAUAAUGAAAUCGGUUGAGACCCAAGAUGGUCAGUUCUACUUUUUGUAUGGUUAUGGUGGAACUGGGAAGACCUUCAUGUGGAAGACUCUAUCUGCAGCUCUAAGAUCACAAGGGAAAAUUGUAAUAAAUGUUGCAUCUAGCGGCAUUGCGUCAUUAUUGUUGCCCGGAGGCAAAACUGCUCACUCUACCUUUUGUAUUCCA